AAAAAUAGUGAAGUGUUACGUCCUCUUCUCAGUAAGUGUAAAUAGAUACGCUACCAAAGACUCAGUGAGCUCAAUAAAAGGAUUAUAAUCGAAAUGCACACCAGCACGGAUCCCAUGCACGCUCUGCACGACAGCUCCUCACCGUCGCCGCCAUUGCACAAGAGUCAACGGGGCACAUUCUCGCGUGCUGCCACCGCUGCGGAUGAAAUGUCCAUGAUCUGUGACGACAGCGAUUUCGAGCCGUCGGCCGCCGGCGGCAGCAGCAGCAGCGGCGGUGAUAAUAACAAUGGCGGCAGCAGCUCCACCAGCGGCGGCGGUCCUCUAGUCAAGCCGCCAUAUUCCUAUAUCGCCCUGAUCACCAUGGCCAUACUACAGUCGCCGCACAAGAAACUAACACUCAGUGGAAUAUGUGAUUUCAUCAUGUCCCGUUUCCCAUACUAUAAGGACAAGUUUCCCGCUUGGCAAAACUCCAUUAGACACAAUCUCAGUCUGAAUGACUGUUUUAUUAAAGUUCCACGCGAACCGGGUAAUCCUGGCAAGGGCAAUUUCUGGACGUUGGAUCCCCUCGCCGAGGACAUGUUCGACAAUGGCAGCUUCCUGCGUCGAAGGAAACGCUACAAACGGGCGCCGGCAAUGCAACGCUUCUCGUUUCCGGCCGUCUUUGGUACACUGUCACCGUUUUGGAUACGGAAACCGGUGCCACUGGUACCGGUCCACUUCAAUGUGCCCAACUUUAAUGGGAAUCGCGACUUUGAUGUGAUGCACACGCCGAGCGAUGUGUUCGACACGGCGCUCCGUGUGGAUAAAAAGUUCAAUUUCUUUGCCAAUGCGGAGGCUUCGUUCUAUCAGAACAACAGCGAGAAGUUCGAUCGUCUGUCCUUCAUCAAUCGCCGGACGGAGGAUGCGCCACACAGCAGUGCCGCCAGCGAUCUGAGCAGAGCCCACAAGUACAAAAAUCCAUAUGCAUUUGAUGUUGCUGCUGCUGCAGCUGUGGGUCUUGGCAGUGCGGCCGGUGAGUAUCCGGACCGGGACAACGAUACGGAUCUCAAUGUGUACAAUGAUGAAGUGGAUGGAGAUGAUACCUCGUGCGACAAAAUCGAUGUGGAGAGUGCCAAUGAGCAUGAGCAGGACUCACAUAUCUCGGACUCGGUGGACUCGGUGUGCACGAAUCCAAAUCGAUUGGAGGCAGCAACCCGUGAACCGGACGCCGAGCCGGAGCGCACCUCGCCCUAUGUGAUGCUCUUCGAUCAUGCGGAUCCAGCGUCCAACAGUUCGCUAGCAAUUACGUCCAGUCCCAAGAAGCCAGUGCAGGCGCAUACGCACAGAUCUCUGACCAGGACGACCCUGCUCCAUCUGGAUAGUGAACCAGCCAGUCUGCGGUGCGGCCGCCAAACCAAUGCUAAGGAUUUCCGCAUCGAGACGCUGAUUGGCCAUGGGCACAGCGAUGGAGCGGCCAGUGAUUAGGUGAUCCCUUCAACCUGAUAAGAGUUCUCAUUGCACAUGUGUUUGUACACUCGAAAGAAAUGUGGAAAAUCGAUUUAAAUUUUAAACAGUC